UUCAUGUCAAUUAGUACUCCUUAAGAAACAUGUUCUUUUUUCUUCGUUUGCUUUAAGAAGGAUACAAUAACAAAUGCUAAUUUUAAGAUUGUUUGAUUGAUUGGUUUUUUUGCCAAAUCAACAAUGACGUCGAUUGUUUUGAAUUCAGUACCUCUUUCUUUUUUGUUCCCGGACCAAGACACCCAAGACGAAGAAAGAAUGGACUUUUUGUUUGCAAUGUUUCCACUUGACCCAAACUUGAACAACGAACAGUACUCCAAUAAACUAGAAAUUUGGAGGAAAGCUGUAAAGAAUUACUGCAAAGCUGUGAAUACUUCAUUUAUAACCUUUAACUCAGUAGCGGGAGUUAAAUUCAAUGGAAAAACGUCUCUGGCUCUGGGAACUUGUUGGGAAGAAAUGAUCAGCUCCAAGAAAUUGAUUAAAAAGAGAGAGUUCAAAAAUUAUCUCCAGCAGUCAUGGUCAUCAUGGGCCGUACACAAAGCAGUUUUUCCUAUUAAGUGGGCUGGAAACUCUCUUCUGUUUUUGUCGAGCGGCUCUAAAGAUGCUUGGAAGAAUGAAAGUUACAUCCAUCUGGAGACAUUUGAUGAAAAAUGUGAUUCUACAGUAGCAAUUUUGCAAAAGAAGUUGAAUCUAAACGGACCAUCAUCGGAAUCUUUGCUGAUUUCAUACUAUGAUGUCGCAGAACUUUGCAUUGAUCUGUUUCCCACGGAAGAAGAGUUCGAAUUGUGUUUGCAAUAUUUGCAGAAAAAGAAGUUGAUUUGUGUUCAUGUGAUGGAAGAUAACACGAAGAUUGUCAAAUUUAGUCCUCGACGAAGUGCCUGGAGUUGGAGUGCUCCCGUAGUUUCUAAGGAGGAGAUCACAAAAAUUGAACUUGAAAAGUCUCUGAAAAUUGUCCAAGACGAAAUUUCACGGCUAAAUGAAAGACUGGCAACCGUCGUUAAAGAUGCGAUUGAACAUGGCAAAGCCGGAUCAAAGAAAAAAGCCUUUAGAUGCAUCAAGCUGAAACAUCUUAUUGAAAAGAACCUGGACACUAAAUUGGCAAUGGAGUCCAACAUUGAAAGCAUUUUGAGUCAGUUCGAAGAUCAGAAAUCUUUAAGCUUGGUGAUAGAUUCCAUGAAGAGCUCUGCUGAGAUGAUCAAGAAGUCGCAAAUAUCAAUUUCGGACGUUGACAAAACGAUGGAUGAAAUCGAAGACGUUAUUUCACAUGAUCAGACAAUUCAAGAUGCCAUGUCUUCUAUCAACCAGAAGUUCAUGGAAAGCACUGGAAUUUUUGAUGAGGACCUAGAGAAAGAAUUAGAGGAAUUGGCAGCCAUGGAUGAUUCUAAGCCAAUGCCAAGAACAGUGCCGAACGGAUCGCCGCAGCGAAGUCCAUCGAAGUCUCCACCGAAAAGGUCUUUCUCUUCAAUGUCUGGAAGCGAUGAAAUGUCACAGGCUACUGCGACCACGCCCUCUCAAGCCGAAAUGGACUCCGUUUUUAACGAUAGUCAAAGUUCGCUGUCACCAAGAAGCAAAUUGAGACGAGCAACAGAACCUAGAAUGGCUCUUGUUGCGUGAACAGUCGAAGGUCGAUAGUUUGCCGUGGAAGUGGAGAAUUUGUUUUCGUUGUUCAGCAAUGUUUUACUUUCUUGUUAGGUUUUAAGAUGAGAGAAUAAGUACAGCUUUCUGGCUACUGCUAAAAUGAACCAGAUGUUUUGAAUUUAGUUUAAAUUGAAUUUUUUGAGAA